GUCAAAUUCGACAAUUUUUCGACAUGAAAGAUUGAUACUCCGUACAACUCGACCCGAAUUCCCCGAAGAAAUUCAAAGAAAGAAAAAACCCCAUCAUGGUGCAACCACCGACGAAGCGCCGUCGAACCGAGCCCACCGUGGUCGAGGAAAUCACCUUCGACCCUACGGCCCGACACGACUUUUUGACGGGAUUCCACAAGCGAAAGGUGCAGAGGGCGAAGCACGCGCAAGAGGCCGCGGAGAGGAGGGCCCGGGCGGAGAGGAUAGCGGAGCGGAAAAAGUUGCGAGAAGAGCGAAAGGCGGACCUGGAGCGUCAUGUCCAAGAAGUAAAUGCCAUGCUGAGGCCGGUCACGGCGCUGGACGACUCAGGGGAGGAAGAAGGAGGAGACCCCCACGCAAAUUCAGACCAGGAGGAGUGGUCAGGUAUCUCGGACGAUCAACCAACACCCAUCGACCAUGAAGCAGAGUACAUUGACGAAGACAAAUACACCACUGUGACGGUAGAGGCUAUGGAUGUGAGCCGAGAAGGUCUUUUCAAGGCCGAACAAGCCAAAGACGAGGGCCACAAAACACACGGGGAGAACGCAAGACCAGAUCAGGAGCCAGUAGCGGGUGUGAAGAAGCCCAAAUGGACCAAGGAAAAGCCAAAGGAUAACGCAGAUAAGCCCAAACGGAAAAAGAAGAGGAACUUUCGGUACGAGAGCAAGGCAGAGAGGAGAACGGCACGGUCCAAAGAAAAGUCCAAAGGGCGGAAGCAAGCGCGAGAACGACGGGGUGGUGGAUGAUACGUGUUGAUUCCUGUUGAAAACAACAAAACUGUCAACGCUGGUCAAUUACCGAAUGCCCCAUGGUAUCGUAGGUAUGUCGUUGUCUAUGCAUCGCGCUGCCAUCCGCUUGCCGACAACAUCUUUCGUGGCCCUUCACAAGACAUAAACACCCUGUGCUCGCCCAAAUUAAAUAUUUCCCAUG